AUGGCCGACCCGCCCGUCGGCGGAGCAGCGUCCAUCGCAACUCCAAUCAACCUUAUCCUCCUCUCCCUCUUCUUGGUUCUUGUUUACAUGCGCCUGCGCCCAAACAAGACCGCGCCGACCCUGCCCGCUGCGCCUCCGCCGACUGUCUUUAAAGUCUUUACGCCUCCUCAGCUCGAACCUUUCAAUGGGAACAAUGGCAUGCCAAUCUACUUUGCCGUCAAAGGCAAAGUGUUUGAUGUCUCAUCUGGUCGCAACUUCUAUGGCCCGGGUGGACCAUACCAGAACUUCGCGGGCAGGGAUGCCUCGAGAGGUCUGGCAUGUGGUAGUUUCGACCCAGACAUGUUGACAGAGGAUCUUCAUGGGCCGUUGGAUAAGCUGGAGGAUCUUGGCGCAGAAGAGAUGGAGGCACUGAGAGGCUGGGAGGAGCGCUUCAACGAGAAGUAUCUCGUGGUGGGAAAACUGGUGCCUGUGGGACAUCCCGAGGCGGAGCCGGACGAGUGA